AUGGGAGAUCCCAACUACGCUGCCCUUUUAUUCCAACAACAGGCGGAUGGGAGUACCAGGCAGAUUGGAGCAGCAUCAGGCGGAUGGGAGCAACAGGCGGAUGGGAGAUCCCAACUGCAGCAGGACUCCCCGGUGCUGCCGUGGUUGGAGAAUACGGUGCAAGGAGGCCAGCGACGACGAGUCCUUCCACCCAACAGUGCUGCUGCUACUGCAUCGAAUCCAUUCCUCGACGUGUGCUCCGCAUUUCUUGCAAAGCGCAAAUUAGGACAAUCCAUUAUGCCGAAAUGGAUUCAAAGGAUCUUUGACCGACAUGAUUAUGGAAGGUUUCCCUCCAGGUGGAGUGUCGACAAUAUCUCACCUCAUAAUGAAAUACAAGCACGUGAUGAGGUCCCUGCUGCGGUCAAAGGAAAUACAAGAAGGUCCAAAAAUUUCACUCUUAAAGAGGACGAGAUGUUGGUGUCAGCGUGGCUAAAUGUGAGUUUGGAUCCUGUGAGAGGAGCCAAUCAAUCAAAAGAUACCUAUUGGAAAAGAAUACAUGAUUACUUUCAUUCAAAAAAGGAUUUUGAAUCUCAUCGCACACAAAGUUCUCUAAUGAGUCGGUGGUCUAGUAUACUACAUGACUGCAACAUAUUUGCUGGUUGUGUUUCGAAGGUAGAGGCCCGAAAUCAGAGUGGUGCAUCUGUUGAUGACAAGCAAGCAAAUGCAUUAACUAUGCGCCAGCCAACUGGACCUCAGAAACCAUUAAGCAAAAAGCAAAAGACCACUGCUGAUUCAACUCCUGCUAUUGAUGCACCAGACCCUGUCACUGGUACUGUAGCUGAGACUGAAACCACAAUAACCACAGUGCCGAGGCCUACAGGGACUAAGAAGGAAAAGCUGAAAUUAAAGCAGCGUUCAAGCAUUGAAGCUUUGGAUUAUUUAUUGGCAAAGAAGAAAGAGGUGGAUGCUGAGAAGGAGUUGAAGAAAAAGGAGAGGGAGUUGAAGAAAGAGGAGAGGGAGUUGAAGAAACAAGAGAUGUGCCAAAAAAACCCUUGCCUUGCAGGAAGAAAGGAUAAAACUUGA